AUCCUAUUUCUUGGUACGGCACUUGCUUUUUCGUCUGAACGGUUCCCCUAUAUUUACAUCGGGCACCCAUCGACACCUCACGUCAACAAGAAGCACAGACUCUUGCAAGACUACAAAUACCAGCACCACGGUUCAAGCACACAGACAUACCACCACAUACCACCUUCAUCUCAACAUACACAACGACUCUUCUCUCACACGCACACCCGCAAACACAUGCCGUUGCCCAACAUGUUCGGCCGACAGACUCAGUUUCCCAAGCGCAGCGGCUCAGGCUACGCGUGGCCCGAGAGCGACAGCGAAGACGACAUCGUCAUCAGACCUUGCGCCACAAACGAGAAGGCCGAUGCCACUGUCACCAUGACCGAGUGCGUUCCGGGUCCGACGGCGGUGGAACAGGCUUCUCAACCCAGGCCCUCUCUCAGCGGCCGCCGCGCCUCUGCCGAGGACACCAAUCUUCAAGAGCUCUGGGAAUGCAUGCUUGAGCUCCAGCAACAAUACCACUGCUACAACUCGACGCGUAUGGAGAUUGCUGCGGACAGGGAGGAUGCUAUGGACAUGAUGCCCACAAAGUAUUGCAUGGAUAUGCUCAAUGACUCCAUCGAGUCCCUCCCCGAAGAGGGUUGGAAGAAGCUCAGCAAGUUCCUCAUCACCGACCUCGAGCACGCGCAAAAGUCACAGAAGUGGAAGUUCUGGAAGCACCUCUAG